AUGGCCAUCUUUAACUCGCCGCGGUCAUUUCAGAAUGUCAAUGCCAUCCAAGCCCCGAUGGGCAUCAACGGCUUCUUCUCAGAAGGAGCCCACUCCAGUCACCCCUCGUUUUUCCACCUAGUGCUGCUCGUGUUUGAAGCCGUAUUGGAAGUUGUCUGUGUCAGUUUGCCCGGCUAUAUUGCCGCCCGCCAGGGGUUAUUCGAUGCCGAUGCCCAGAAGCUUGUGGCGAAUCUCAACGUGACUCUGUUUACGCCUUGUCUGAUUUUCACAAAAUUGGGAUCGCAAUUGACCGCCGAGAAGCUAACCGACCUGGCUAUCAUUCCCGUCAUCUUUAUUGUCCAGACCUUCGUGUCAUACUUCUGUUCCUGGAUUGUCACAAAAUGCUGUGGUUUCAAGAAGCGCCAGUCCAAUUUUGUGGCUGCCAUGGCGGUCUUCGGCAACUCGAACUCCCUCCCAAUCUCCCUUGUCGUGUCACUCUCGGCAACUUUGAAAGGUCUUCACUGGGACCAGAUCCCAAACGACAACGAUGACGAAGUCGCCGCGCGUGGAAUUCUCUAUCUCCUUAUCUUCCAACAACUAGGCCAACUCGUGCGCUGGAGCUGGGGGUACCAUAUUCUUCUCGCCCCAAAGGACCGAUACCUAGAGGAAGCAGAGCGCGAAGAGACAGACAACUCGGUCAUCGAGCAGGGCCAGGCGCGCUACACCGACAACCCAGUUCAAACCGACCCAGACGAACCGCUCGUCCGGACGCGCAGUUCAGACGAUCUACCCAAUGCGCAUCACGCGCACAGCUCGCAUGACUUCCAAUCCGGAGACCAAACGCCAGUGUCAACACGCACAUAUUCCUACUCCAAGCUAUCCUCCGCCCACUCCGACGGCCCAGAUUCGGAUGAUACCCCAUCCGUAAUCGGACCACCACCAAUCGGUCCCUUCCUCCCGCGACAAAGUUCCCGGGGUGAUAUUCUUCACUUCCCCGAUGUUGAAGUCACAGCCCGGGAAGCCCAAGAGGCGGAGCGAACUAGGGUUCAGCGCUUCACGUUAUCCCUGCGCAAAUUGCGAGAACGCCAUGGGCGCUGGUGGGAAAAGAAGACGAAUGCCCUCCAGGCACGUCUUCCUCCCAAGCUCCAGAAGGGCAUUUCUUCAACCAACCGCGGCACACGCCGCUUCAUGAAUGGCCUAUGGGACUUCAUGAACCCACCCUUGUGGGCGAUGCUAGUGUCGAUAAUCGUCGCUUCGGUACCUGCCCUACAGCGCCUCUUCUUCGACGACGGCACCUUCGUCCGCAACUCGGUAACCCGUGCAAUCGACCAGAACGGACAGGUUGCCGUGCCGCUCAUCUUAGUCGUUCUUGGCGCGAACUUGGCGCGGAAUACCCUUCCUGAAGAGGCGCUUGAGGAUAUGGAACAUCCCCGUGAAGAGCGCAAGCUCAUUAUCGCCUCUCUGGUGGCGCGCAUGUUGAUGCCAACUAUUAUCAUGGCACCGCUUUUGGCGCUUACGGCUAAGUUUGUGCCGAUCAGUAUUCUCGACGAUCCAAUCUUCGUCAUUGUCUGCUUCUUGCUUACUGGUGCGCCGUCGGCGUUGCAAUUGGCCCAGAUUUGUCAGAUCAAUAAUGUCUAUGUUGGGGCGAUGUCGAAGCUUCUUUUCCAGAGCUACGUUGUUUGGAUCCUCCCAUCAACCCUCGUUCUCGUCAUGUGCGCUUUGGAAGUCGUCGAGUGGGCGGGCGCAUCUGCGUAA